AUGGCAGCUACUACGACUACCACUGGUCCCCCACCUCUACCGUCCGCCGCUCCCCCGGCCGCUCCCCCGGCCGCUUCUCCGGCCGCUUCUCCUGCGCCCAGCAGCAAGCCCAGUUCUCCUUUGGUUGAACUCAGCAACCCAAUGGGUGGCGGUGCCCAGACCGUGAGCUCCAAGGAUCCCAAGGCAGUGGCCCUGGCCGCUACGGAUAUGAAGAACGUCGUCCGCCGGAAGUUGACUGGCUACGUCGGAUUUGCCAAUCUGCCUAACCAAUGGCACCGCAAGAGUGUUCGCAAAGGGUUCAACUUCAAUGUAAUGGUUGUCGGUGAAUCCGGACUCGGAAAGUCGACACUCGUGAACACUUUGUUCAACACGUCUCUCUAUCCCCCCAAGGAGCGUACUGGCCCCAGCCACGACAUCAUCCCUAAGACUGUUUCGAUCCAAUCUAUCAGCGCCAAUAUUGAGGAGAAUGGCGUGCGUCUUCGUUUGACUGUGGUUGAUACCCCCGGAUUUGGAGAUUUCGUCAACAAUGACGACUCGUGGCGUCCAAUCGUGGAGAAUAUCGAGCAGAGAUUUGAUGCCUAUUUGGAGGCAGAGAAUAAAGUCAACCGCACAAACAUUGUCGACAACCGUAUACAUGCUUGUGUCUACUUCAUCCAGCCCACAGGCCAUUCCCUGAAGCCGCUUGAUAUUGAGGUCAUGCGCAGGUUGCACACCAAGGUCAACCUGAUCCCAGUAAUUGCCAAGGCCGAUACUCUCACGGAUGAGGAGGUCGCCCUCUUCAAGCAGCGAAUUCUCGCCGACAUCCAGCACCACUCCAUCCAGAUCUUCGAGGGCCCUCGUUAUGAACUCGAUGAUGAGGAGACGAUUGCGGAGAACCAGGAAAUCAUGUCAAAGGUUCCUUUUGCCGUUGUUGGUGCCAAUACCGAGGUCACAACAGCCGAUGGCCGUAAAGUCCGCGGCCGUCAUUAUCCUUGGGGUAUUAUUGAGGUCGACAAUGAAGAGCACUGUGACUUUGUCAAGCUGCGUCAGAUGCUUAUCCGCACUCACAUGGAAGAGCUCAAGGAACACACCAACAACUUCUUGUACGAGAACUACCGAUCCGAUAAGCUUACCCAGAUGGGCGUCGCUCAGGAUCCAAGCGUGUUCAAGGAGGUCAACCCUGCAGUUAAACAGGAGGAGGAGCGCGCGCUGCACGAGCAGAAGUUGGCAAAGAUGGAGGUCGAGAUGAAGAUGGUCUUCCAGCAGAAAGUAUCAGAGAAGGAGAGCAAGCUGAAGCUCAGCGAAGACGAACUGUACGCUCGGCAUCGCGAGAUGAAAGACCAACUGGAGCGGCAACGCCAAGAGCUGGAAGACAAGAAGGCCCGUCUCGAAAGCGGCAGGUCGAUCGAAGAGAAGGCCAGGAGGAAGGGAUUUUCUCUUCGUUAG